GAAAAAUAAACAGGUCGAAUCAAGAGAUAUCGGUUGCCGGUCGCUUGAAGAGCGAGGCGAGGGAAAACGGGUCGUUUUGGAUGUAUUCGUGGAGCGUAAAUCGGUGCUGUUUUGAUAUGCUCGUGUGCUUCACGGUAGAGCUGUAUUUGGUCUGGGGUUUAACGGCAUAAUACCGACAAGGGACCUCCCGUGCUCGAGUAACGAGUAUGUUCCCGAAUGCUCCGGUUUUGCUUUCGGAGCGCCGAGUCGAUCCGUUGCGAUUUCGUUGUUUUGAUGUUGUCAUCUAUGUGUUUUUAACUCGAGCCAUAUUCGGUGUGUGAUAUCAAACAGUGUGUAACCGGACGGUGUGGUGACGCGAUGCAUACGAGGCGCGUGGUGAAGCGGUCCAUCAUCGGGAGCCGUGUGUAUGCUCCGGGCCCGGUGGGGGACGCCGCGCCGUUAACGGGGGUGGUGCAGGCGGUCAAGCAGGAGAACCGAGACGCGACUAACGGAACUAACGGACCCCGGCGGAACCUGUACACACUGCUCAUGCAGGACGGCAGUCUCGCGGACUACACGGAGGACGAGAUCGCCAUGGGGACCAGUCAGAUGGCCGCCAAGGGACCGCUGAAGUCCAGUCUGAAGCAUCAUGCGGAGGUUCUGCCUCUGGGCCCGGAGGUGGCGGUGGUCAGAACAUUGGACCCGGACAAGGACACCACGACAACUAUCACCAUGACAACCACGACCCCCACGACCCGCUCCGUCUCCUUGCUGGAGCAGAAACGCAAGGAGGUGUCAUCUAGCAUCGACGUCCCACACGCCAG